AUGCCAAUAGCCACCAAAAUCGCCACAAAGCAGUAUUCACAGUUGCAGCAACAACAACAAAAUCAAACCGCCGUCAUGGUGUUGACCGCAUCUGAUGACAACAAUUCAACAACAACGCAUGCGAGCAGCAGCCACAGCAGCACGACUACAACCACAGCAACAGCAACAACAGCUAAUAAUCCACAUGCGCAUGCCGCCACCGCCGCCGUCAAUCUGAACAACAGCAGCGCUGCCAACUUUAGUGGCGGCAUCUUAUCAUUUCCGCCACUACAACCGCCACCACCUCCACCGCCCGCUUUGAGCAGCGGCAAUCUGAGCAUACUGAAUGGUAGCAUUGGCAUUGCCAGCGCUCAUGCCCAUCCGUCGUCGCACACGUACGGCCAUGCACCGAGCGCUGUCAUGACCAGUGCCACCGCUGCCGCUUUUGCCGCGCACGCCAACAUCAACGCUGCCAUGAGCAGCAGCAGCAGCAGCACCGCCGCCGCCAACAACUAUAAUAUGCCGACGUACGCUAAUAUAACAGUAAUACCUUCGAAUGUUGCCGCCGCCACCGCCGCCGCCGUCUCCAACGUCCAGGCAGCAAAUGCUGCCAACGCCAAUGCGCCCAUCGCCGUUUUUAUGGGCAGCGGGCUGGCAGGUGGUGCAGCAACAGCAACGAGUGCUGGUAGAGGUGGUGGCGGUGCAAUUGGUGUGGGGGCCAAUACCAAUGACAACAACAACAAUAUGGAUAAUACAAGCGAAGAAUCGAAUGCAGUGACAAUUUACAG